AUGCCACCUACCAAACGCAAAGCCGCACCGUCCACGUCCACGUCCACCGCGUCGUCAAGCCCCCCCCCCCCCCACUUGCUCGACCCCGACCCUGGCCCAACUGCGCACCGCUCUGUCGCACUACCCAAACUCACUCGCACUUCGAGCAAACGCAUCAAGGUCGUCCAAAGAACUCGUCGAACUCGAUCAUUGGUUUCGAGUCGACUUGAGACGCAAGCUCGGCAUUCGCGCCCCUGCCAGCCUGCAGGCUGGGGAUGCUGACCACGGUGCGACCAAGCCCAAGCCCAAGACCAAGAACUGGGCGAAUCAGUUGGUGCCGUUGGACAGGGAUGACUUGACCAACCUAAUGAGAUGGAAAUUGGCCGUAAGUAUCUGUAGCUGGAGACGACCCGAGUCUCGUACCCGUCUUCGACAUCUUCGAGCUGACCGGGCUGUCACUGCACCUCUCGCUCCGACCUCUCACCCCACCUCAUCCAGCGAGGCAAAUUCCGACCACGACUAAUCGAACUCGCAUCCUCCAACCCGACCACGCGCAUCCACUCCGUCCUCGCCCCUCUCCUCGAACGGUCGACUCCAUCCCUCGCGCUCGUCCCUAGACUCUCGACCCUACGCGGCAUCGGCCCAGCGACCUCCUCGGCCCUUCUCUCCCUCUACCGUCCUCGAACCGAUCCCUUCCUUUCCGACGAAGCAUGGACCGUCUUUUUCCCGACUGAGAAACCCGAAUAUACGGAGAAGGCGUAUAAGCGGUUUCGCGAGGUGUUCAAGGUGAGGUUGGAGGAGGAGGGGUGGGGUAGCGCGGAGGAGUUGGAGAUGGCGUGUUGGAGUUGGGCGGUGAGGGAGAAGUACGGGAAAGCCGAGGAAGAUGGGACGAUGAAGGAGACCGAGGACACUGCCUUGAAUCGAGAUGAACCGCGGGGAAUUGGACGAGAGACAGCAGGAGAGGAGGGCAAACGAGCUCGAAGAAAGACGAAAUGA